AUGAUUCAAUCUCCACCAGCUCCGAUUCCACCUCCACCAGCUCCGAUUCCACUUCCACCAGCUCCGAUUCCACAUUCACCAGCUUCGAUUCCACUUUCACCAGCUCCGAUUCCACAUCCACUAGCUCCAAUUCCACUUUCACCAGCUGCGAUUCCUCUGCCAUCAGCUCCGAUUCCACCUCCACCAGCUCUGAUUCCACCUCCAUCGGAUCCGAUUGCACUUCCACCAGCUCUGAUUUCACCUAUACCAGCUCUCAUUCCACCUCCUCUAGCUCUGAUUACACCUUCGCCGGCUCCGAUUCCAGCUCUACCGGUUCCGAUUCCACAUCGACCAACUCCGAUUCCACCUCCAUCAGCUCUGAUUCAAUCUCCACCAGCUUCGAUUCCACCUUCACCAGCUCCGAUUCCACCUCCACCAGCUCUGAUUCCAUCUAUACCAGCUCUCAUUCCACCUCCUCUAGCUGUGAUUACACCUUCACCGGCUCCGAUUCCAGCUCUACCGGUUCCGAUUCCACAUCCACCAACUCCGAUUCCACCUCCAUCAGCUCUGAUUAAUCUCCACCAGCUCCGAUUCCACCUUCACCAGCUUCGAUUCCACCUUCACCAGCUCCGAUUCCACAUCCACUAG